AAGCUCCAGCUAUUUUUCUCCGUGGCAGCGGCGACGAGCGGAAGUUCUUGGAAGCCCCAGUUCCGUCUGUGUGUUCGAGUGGACAAAAUGGCGAAGAUCGCCAAGACUCACGAAGAUAUUGAAGCACAGAUUCGAGAAAUUCAAGGCAAGAAGGCAGCUCUUGAUGAAGCUCAAGGAGUGGGCCUUGAUUCUACAGGUUAUUAUGACCAGGAAAUUUAUGGUGGAAGUGACAGCAGAUUUGCUGGAUACGUGACAUCAAUUGCAGCAACUGAACUUGAAGAUGAUGACGAUGACUACUCAUCAUCUACAAGUUUGCUUGGUCAGAAGAAGCCAGGAUAUCAUGCCCCCGUGGCAUUGCUUAAUGAUAUACCACAGUCAUGUGCAAGUCAGCACAAGGGGCAUAGUGAGCCUGAUGGAAGCUUUCCUCAGAUUUAUUGUACUCUUGUCCUGUUGCUGUUCUUUUCUGCAGGAGGGAAGACACCUGAUCCUAAAAUGAAUGCUAGGACUUACAUGGAUGUAAUGCGAGAACAGCAUUUGACUAAAGAAGAACGAGAAAUUAGGCAACAGCUAGCAGAAAAAGCUAAAGCUGGAGAACUAAAAGUCGUCAAUGGAGCAGCAGCGUCCCAGCCUCCGUCAAAACGAAAACGGCGUUGGGAUCAAACAGCCGAUCAGACUCCUGGUGCCACUCCCAAAAAGCUGUCAAGUUGGGAUCAGGCAGAGACCCCUGGGCAUACCCCUUCCUUACGAUGGGAUGAGACACCAGGUCGUGCAAAGGGAAGCGAGACUCCUGGAGCAACUCCAGGCUCAAAAAUAUGGGAUCCUACACCAAGCCACACACCAGCAGGAGCUGCUACUCCGGGACGAGGCGAUACACCUGGUCAUGCUACACCAGGCCAUGGAGGUGCAACAUCCAGUGCUCGUAAAAACAGAUGGGAUGAGACCCCCAAAACUGAAAGAGAUACUCCUGGGCAUGGAAGUGGAUGGGCUGAGACUCCUCGAACAGAUAGAGGUGGUGAUUCGAUUGGUGAAACGCCGACUCCUGGAGCCAUUCAGGCUUGGCGAUGGGAAAGAGAAAUUGAUGAGAGAAAUCGUCCACUUUCUGAUGAAGAAUUGGAUGCUAUGUUCCCAGAAGGGUAUAAGGUCCUUCCUCCUCCAGCUGGUUAUGUUCCUAUUCGAACUCCAGCUCGAAAGCUGACAGCUACACCCACACCUUUGGGUGGUAUGACUGGUUUCCACAUGCAAACUGAAGAUAGAACUAUGAAAAGUGUUAAUGACCAGCCUUCUGGAAAUCUUCCAUUUUUAAAACCUGAUGAUAUCCAGUACUUUGAUAAAUUAUUGGUUGAUGUUGAUGAAUCAACACUUAGUCCAGAAGAACAGAAAGAGAGAAAAAUAAUGAAGUUGCUUUUAAAAAUUAAGAAUGGAACACCACCAAUGAGAAAGGCUGCAUUGCGUCAGAUUACUGAUAAAGCUCGAGAAUUUGGAGCUGGUCCUUUGUUUAAUCAGAUUCUGCCUCUACUAAUGUCUCCUACACUUGAGGAUCAAGAGCGUCAUUUACUUGUGAAAGUUAUUGAUAGAAUACUGUACAAACUUGAUGACUUAGUUCGGCCAUAUGUGCACAAGAUCCUUGUAGUCAUUGAACCACUCUUGAUUGAUGAAGAUUACUAUGCUCGAGUGGAAGGCCGAGAGAUUAUUUCUAAUUUAGCAAAGGCUGCUGGUCUGGCUACUAUGAUCUCUACCAUGAGACCUGAUAUAGAUAAUAUGGAUGAAUAUGUCCGUAACACAACAGCUAGAGCUUUUUUGUAUGAGUAUUUGGGUGAAGAGUACCCCGAAGUGUUGGGCAGCAUUCUUGGAGCACUGAAGGCCAUUGUGAAUGUAAUAGGUAUGCAUAAGAUGACCCCACCAAUUAAAGAUCUACUGCCUAGACUCACGCCCAUCUUAAAGAAUAGGCAUGAAAAAGUACAAGAGAAUAUUUGCUUUGAGCUUUUAGAGCUCUUAAAAGCUCACAAAAAAGCUAUUCGCAGAGCAACAGUCAACACAUUUGGUUAUAUCGCAAAGGCCAUUGGCCCUCAUGAUGUAUUGGCUACACUUUUAAACAACCUCAAAGUUCAGGAAAGACAGAACAGAGUUUGUACCACUGUAGCAAUAGCUAUUGUUGCAGAAAUGUGUUCACCUUUCACAGUACUCCCUGCUUUAAUGAAUGAGUACAGAGUUCCUGAACUGAAUGUUCAAAAUGGAGUGUUAAAGUCACUUUCCUUCUUGUUUGAGUAUAUUGGUGAAAUGGGAAAGGACUACAUUUAUGCUGUAACACCUUUACUUGAAGAUGCUUUAAUGGACAGUAUAGUUGUUAAUGUUUGUGACCUACAGUUAGACAUGAUGUCCUAUGUACUAGGUCUGUUUCACCCAGCCCGGAAAGUCAGAGAUGUAUACUGGAAGAUUUACAAUUCCAUCUACAUUGGUUCCCAGGACGCUCUCAUAGCACAUUACCCAAGAAUCUACAAUGAUGAUAAGAACACCUAUAUUCGUUACGAACUUGACUAUAUCUUAUAACUUUAUUGUUUAUUUUGUGUUUAAUGCACAGCUAUUCACACUUAAACUUGCUUUUAUUUGGUGAUGUAAACUUUUAAACAUUGCAGAUCAGUAUAGAACUGGUCAUAGAGGAAGAGCUAGAAAUCCAGUAGCAUGAUUUUUAAAUAACCUGUCUUUGUUUUUGAUGUUAAACAGUAAAUGCCAGUAGUGACCAAGAACACAGUGAUUACACACAGUAUACUGGAGGGAUUUCAUUUUUAAUUCAUCUUUAUGAAGAUUUAGAAUUCAUUCCUUGUGUUUAAAGGGAAUGUUUAAUUGAGAAAUAAACAUUUGUGUACAAAAUGCUAA